AUGGUUAAGGCCGUGCUUAGGGCCAUAUCGCCACUGCAGUUCGCGGUGUACUGGCGUCUGUCGCUGAUCUUUGUGUUUAGCGCCUUUCUCUUCUUUUUGGACAUUUUGGCGGCGGCGGCGGUGGAAAAUACUUGUGGCCAUGGCAACGACAGCACCAGGUCCGGGUCCAACCUUUCGGAGCCCGCAGAAAUAUCGGAGCAGAUUUAUGAAUGGACCAUUUUCAUCUGGAGCCAAGAGAUCAGACUGACCAUGUCCUCUGAGAUCAGUCUGACCCCGUCCUCCCAGGUCUAUCAGUCUGACCCCGUCCUUCCAGAGCAGAAUCUGGAGAGAUACAUGUGGAGUCCGCCUACAUUUCCCAGCAUGCACAGCAGUUACACUUGCCCACAACAGGACUGGGAUUUCCAGACUAUGCCCCAAAAUGCCCUCAACUCUGCUUUCACCUACGAAUUUCAUCAGCCCGAUAUUUUCCACCUCCCAAAUUCAUUGAACAGCUUCUUCUCCCAGACCUCUGACCCGUCGCUCUGGGGGCCUCCGGAGCGGACCCUGCUCCAGCUGGAGGGCCCCUCUUCUGGGAACACCUCUCUGGACGCAUGGGGACAGGGUCAUUUCAACACCACAGAGAUCCCAGAUGAUGUGUUCCCCAGCGGCGGCCAGGGAAUGCCGGUGUUCCCGCUGACACCAGGGCCCAGUCCACACCAGCACAGCUACGGGAGCGGACCAUUUGACAAGUGUGGAGAAACUGCUUUUAUGUGGGAGGACGGAGCUUGCGCGAGUGUGAAACAGGAGAAACCAAAGAGAGUCACAAGAGGAAGAGGAGGAAGAGGAGGAGGAAGAGGAAGAGGAGAAAGAAGAGGACGAAGAGGAGGAGUAGCGAGGCAGCAGAGGAGAAAGCCUAAAGAUUCUGGGGAGCCUCCUCUGUACCUGUGCUCUGGUCUGAGGUUGGAGGGGGCGGAGCCGGGGCAGAUCCGGCUGGAGGAGGCAGAGUCAGGGCAGACGCUGCUGGAGGGGGCGGAGCCAGGGCAGACGUGGCAGCACUGCAGCCUGAUGAGCAUCGCCACGGACAGAGAGCCGUAUUACAGACCACCUCCAAUGCUGAGGCCUGUCAGACAGAUACCAUGCCAAUUCUCUGAGGGGAACACUCCUGCGGUCGAGACGUCUGGACUCUCUGCCCCCUGUGUCAACGUUGGCCGGUGCUUCCAGGCCGAAGUCCCGCCCCUCAGAAACAGAAGCCACGCCCACUCCGACUCCCACAAUGCAAUGCUGCUGUGGAGGCCGUUAGAGAUGGAGCAGGAUGUGAAUCAGGAGAGAGGUGACCAGAGAGUUGAGGCUCUACUGAAGCUGUCUCAGUCCUGUGUGGUUCCAGGGGGCGGGGCUAACGCUGAAGACGUGCUGCUCCUCCUAUCACAGAGCGGAGGGGACUUCCUGCUCACUCUGGAGAAGCUGCUGACGUUUCCUCAAAGAGUCGACAAAAGAAAAGCGUCAAACUCCGAUCAUAUCUGA